CGAUUUCUCCGAUUUCCCAAUUGCAACAAACAUCCACAAACCCGAUAACAUUGCCUCGAUUCCAUCAGAUACCUGUCGGGUCCAAGUCACCACCAACCACCACCACCACGACCAACGACAGUCCUUCUAUCCACACAUAAUUCAAAAUGGUCCAGCUUACCGAGGUCGAGGACGAGCACUUCCAGCAGCCGCAGGUCGGCCCUGAGGAGGACGACGAGGAUUUCACGGACACUGACUCCGAGAUCUCCGUCGACUCCGACUACGAGCCCCAAGAGACCUUCGCCGACCGCCUGUACGCGCUGCGCGACAUGGUCAGCCCCACCACGCGCGGCUGGUUCUACCACAAGUACGACGCCACCACCAACUUUGUCAAGUCGACGCUGUCUUUCGCCGGCCGCGCCGCCUGGGCCGUUUCCGUGUCCGGUCUGCUGAUCGGCGUCCCCUUCGCCAUCGCUUUCGCCGAGGACCAGAACUACGCCGCUAUGGAGCAGGAGGCGCGCAUGCGCGAGCUCGGUUCUGAUGUCCUUACUGCUGGUGGUGAGGGACAGGCGGGUACCGCUGAGAAGACGUUGGCUGCCAUUGGUGGUGAGGGGGCUAGGCCUGCGCUCUAAGGAGGGAGGCAGCGAGUCUUAUUGUGGAAAUGAAAAAGAAGAUGAGCGAGGGAUGGAUGGUUAUUGUGAGCCGGGAGAUGUGGAGGGGAGAGAGAGAUGGCUGGUCAAAGGGCGGCGGGUUGGAAACCAGCGUUUUCAAGAUGGGGACCGUUUGGGAAAAAGAGCUCCGUCCGAGUUCUUUCCGGCGGAGGGCCUUGAUCGGAUACACCAAAUCAACAACCGGUUUUACAACUUAACGCAGUCU